AUGAUUCUGUUUACUUAUCGAUUGAUAGUUGUCUUGUUUCUUUUUAUUUCUCAAGUACAUGGAUCCUGUGUUCGUAGUUUACUUAAGCAACCACCGUCAAAUGAUACUUCGGACAAUAAGAUAACCGAAAAAUAUUGUGAAUAUUCUGGUAUGCAACAUCCAAUUGGUAGCUAUUGGAAUUCAUCAUAUCCUGAUUGUCUUCGAUGUGAAUGUAACGAAAAUGGAUUAGAAUGCUGUGGAUAUGAACGAGAAGCUGGCUCGAUUGAACCUCCAGAAGGUUGUGAAUUACUUGAAGGUAUAUGUGAAGUUGUCUUCGUUCAACAAAGUGAUCAUUUUCAAUUUUACAUUAAUCAACAAAAAACUAUUUUACAUCCACCAAAAUCUCGAUUUCAAUUAACAGUUAAUGGUCAUUCGCAUCCACAUCAUCAGCAGCAACAACAUUCUCAUAGACCACAGGACUUUUCUCGUAUGACUAUUCAAAAACCAGAUAUACGUCCUUCUCGAACACCAACACCAUUUAGUACAAUGGUGCCAAUAACUCGUGCUAAUAAUCCUUUGAAUAAUGUUCAACAAAAAUUAGCUGCACUUACAUUACGUUUAGAAAAAGAAUUACAAACUGAUGCAACUGUAGAUGAAUAUUAUGGUCAAUGUACAAAAUGUGGUCAACCAGUAACUGAUUCGUCUGAUGCUUGUCAAGCGAUGGGUGAACUUUAUCAUAAUAACUGUUUUAAAUGUGUUGUAUGUGCUCGAAUAUUACGAGGCAAAGCAUUUUAUCGUAUACAUGAUCAAGUGUACUGUGAAGAAGAUUAUUUGUUUACUGGCUAUCAACAAAAAGUAGAGAAAUGUUAUAGUUGUGAUCAUCUUAUUAUGGAUAAGAUGCUUCAAGCACUUGGUAAUUCAUAUCAUCCUGGUUGUUUUCGUUGUUCAACAUGUAAUGAAUGUCUUGAUGGUCAUCCAUUUACUGUCGAUAAAGAACGCCGUAUACUUUGUUUAUAUGACUAUCAUAAUACUUAUGCUCCUAGAUGUGCUAAAUGUGGUUAUCCGAUUUGUCCAGAAGACGGUUCUUAUGAAACAAUUCGUGUUACUGCUAUGAAUAAAAAUUUUCAUGUUGAAUGUUAUCGAUGUGAGGAUUGUCAAUCUAGUUUGAGUGAUGAGCAGACGAUAGCUCUUUUAGGCGGUUGCUGUCCGUUAACAGAUGGCACAUUAUUAUGCUAUCGAUGUCGAAUGCGUCGAGGUGCUAAUGACAACUGA